CUACAAAUGACAGAAGUAGACAAUUACAGUUUGAUACUAGAAUUAGCAGUUGGUAUACCAAUGGCUUUCUUACUUUUCGUGUUAACUAUACUUCUGUGUAUUGUCUAUAAAAGUCACAGACAACGACAAACAAAAUCAAAAUUUAUAGAAGAGGAUCUAGACAGGCCUGUUCCUAUAGAAGGAAGCUUGUUUGCUGGUAAUAUGGCCAAACGGUACAACGGAAGCAAAUCUUUUCUACCUUUUGGAGGAUACUGGGAUAACGGAUCUUUUGACUACCACGAAGAUAUCGACAGAACAUCAUAUCUUGGCAAAAUGUCAAAUUAAUAACAAUGGUCGAUUAUCGCACGGAUGAAGAUUUGCUGAAUUUUGACAUUUAUUGACAGCAAUUAAAUUAUGGGGAAUUUUUUGAAAGCUAUUAAAAUUAUAUUAUAUUA